AUGGCCGGCACAAAGAAGAAAGCAAAGCUCCCCUUCCCCACGCGCUCCAAGCUCUCGGCCCCAUCGUCGUCGACGUCGACAUCGAAAUUGCCCACCUCCCCGGCGCCCGCGGUAUCGACCGUCCAUGCUUCCGGGAAAUCCUCGUUACCGGCAACAAGCACUAGCGAGUCCAAUCUACACGUCCACAGCAGCAGCAGGGUCUCACCAGCACGGACUAGCACCCCCGCGGCGGCGCCCAAAGAUGCGGACCCGCCGUCUGCGUCUGCUGCUGCUGCUGCUGCUGCUUCUUCAUCUGGAUCCCCAGCCACCACUAUUACUGAGGCCUCCUCGAAGAAGCAGAAGCAGCAGAUACAAAACCAGCCGGCAUCGUCGUCGACACCGUCGACGAUACGCGGCGGCGGACAGAAUACAGAUUUACCCGCGAAUGACGUUGAAAAACCGACAUCGCGGUGGUUCCUACGCACCGGCACUUGGCCUCGAGGCGGGAGCAGAAAGUCCGCACCCGUCACCAGCGUAGCCUCAGAACACGUCUCGGGAACGACAAGCCCUACACCAUCAAUCAAGCACGGCAAGACGAGUGCACCAACCCGGGAGGAGGAGACCCGCGAUUCGUCUGUUCCAGCAGCUACCACCAUUACCACGCCAUCAGCCAUGAUCACAAAGUCAGCGACCCCAUCGAUGAGAGCCCCGUCACUGCAUCCUUCCGAGGCCGAAGCUACGGAGACACAGGGGGACAGUAAGGACGCGGUGGAGGGCAGCGAGAAUAACGAAACAUCUGAUGCCUCCGCGGCACAACAGCCUGCACCUGCCGCGGGGUCGUAUUGGUUUGGGUGGUGGUAUGGGUAUGGGCCGCCGCCAGAGACGCAGGCUCCGCCGGCUCCAAAGUCAGAGGUGCCAGAAGUGCAGCCGGAGGAAGCUCCGGCUGUGGAGGUUGUGGUCGCAAGGGAACCUACUCCGCCGCCCCCACCACCACCACGAUUGCCAACGCCCCCUCCCCCUCCUCCGCCGGUUCGGGACCCGACGCCUGAGCCAAUCGCCCCAGAGACGACGGAGGUGCCGGCGUUGGACGGGGCGGCGGAUAAUAAGGCCAAGGAGAGGCCAAGGUCGUGGUUUGGGCUCUGGGGAGGUGGGCCAUAUCCUGAAACUCAGACUGUCCAGGAGGCUCCCGCGGAAUCUGCAGAGACGGUGCUGGAGCAAGUGCCACAAGAGUCAAGUUCGUCCGCCGCCCAAGCAGCUACAAGAUCUGAGCCAGCAGCCCCUGCGGUCCCUGCAGUAGAGGUUGCUGCAAAACAGUCUGAAACUCAUCUACUGGGGGCUCACGUAGAUUCAUCGGCGCCUCUUUCAUUGAUGCCCAGUGCCACGGAAACGGUCAGUUCGACAACGAGUGCGGCUCCUGCCAGGGCCUCUUCGGGUUGGGCAUUCUGGUCGAGGGAUCGGUCGAAGCCUACCAACCCUGCGUUGGAUAGCAAUGCCAGCAGCACGACGACUGUGGGCCAAUUGGCGGUGGCUAAUACUCCUUCGGCAUCAAAUCCUCAAAAGGCAAAGGUGAAGGAUAUACCUGCACCAGUUCCUGCCCCGCCUCCGGCACCUGUCAAUGAGCCUAAGGUCGCUCGCUCGGUCAGUAAUCUACGGGAAGAGUCUCGCCCGAUCACUCCUAAAAAAUCAGAUGCAAGCAUGUCUGCAGCCGCCGCUGUGGUGCCGGUUACUCCACAACCGGCGGCGGCUUCGGCUUCUACCACUGUGCCAAAGACACCCACCAAAACCUCGCCGGCCAACCAUGUGUUCCCCGAGUUUGAAUCGUGCUACCACAAGAUGCGCCAGCCAUCUAUGUUCUGCCAGGUAACCAAGGUUUUGAAGAGCCAGGUUCCGCUCUUCAAGAACCAACCCCCUCCCCCGAAGAAACAUUUAUAUCUUGCGCCAGCACCACUGCGCAUCAAAAAGGCGGUGGCGAUAGGUGUGCAUGGCUUUUUUCCGAUGCGGCUGGUGCGGACGGUGUUGGGUGAGCCUACGGGGACAUCUAUACGCUUUGCCAACUCCGCUGCUGGCGCCAUCAAGCGAUGGGCCGAGAAAAACAAUGUAGAGGUUGAGAUUGAGAAGAUUGCCCUAGAGGGAGAGGGCAAGGUGGGCGACAGGGUGGAGACGCUGUGGAAGCUGCUAUCAAACUGGAUGGAGCAUGUCAAGAACGCAGAUUUCGUCCUGAUGGCGGCGCACUCGCAGGGCGUGGUUGUGGGCGUCCAGUUGCUGGCACGGCUCAUUGAAGAAGGGUGCGUGAAGGAGAAGGCACGAGUGGGCUUCACGGCUAUGGCGGGGAUUAACCUAGGCCCGUUCUACCACCUCCCGACCACGAUCCUGACGGGCUCGGCGAAGGAGCUGUUUGAGUUCCAGAAGCCCGACAGCGCGCCGUCGCAGAAGUACAUACAGGCGCUGGAGGUGAUCCUGCGGCACAACGUGCGGGUGCUGUAUGUGGGCAGCAUCGACGACCAGCUGGUGCCGCUGGAGUCGUCGACGUUUGCGAAUGUCACGCAUCCGUAUAUAUUCCGGGCGGUGUUUGUGGAUGGGCGCGUGCACGCGCCGGACUUUUUGAGCCACUUGGUGGGCUUCGCGAUGAAAUUAAGGAACCAGGGUAUCUCGGACCAUGGGCUGAUAAGGGAGCUGAGUAACCCGUUGGCGGGGAGCUUGUAUGGCGGCGAGGGACACUCGAGGAUCUAUGACGAUGUGCAGGUCUAUGACUUGGGUGUUCGCCAUGCGCUCGAGACGACGGAAUGUGAGGGCGUGGAGAUGAAAGUGGAGCCUUUUGAGCUGCCGACAAAUACGAAUAACCCGUUCUUCUUGCCAUGGAGUAUGAGGGGCAUGCUGGAGGAGCCGCAUGUCAGGAAUAGGCUGCAUGAGGAGUGCAUGCAGCUGUUGGAGCAGUUUGAGAAUUGGAAGCCGACGUCGAAGGUCUUGAAGGAUGUCAAGUUUAGGCUAGAGGGCAUUCGCAGUAAGCUAUAA